AUGGCUGUGUUGAAACAAGGUCCCCUGGCUUCAGAAUUCAUCGAGGUUGUUAAACGUUACUACAACCCCUACUACUACAACAACAAUAGCAAUUGGCACCGUUACAGAUGGCUUCUUUGGUUCCUUGUGUUGAUCCCCAUCAUAUUUGUGUUUAUCAUCUGGUGUUGUAACAGCAGACGCCAGAAACGCAACGUCUACUACCCGGACCAGAACCAGAGCCAAAACCAAAACCAACAGUACUACAACAACCAACAACAGGAAUACGUUCCACCUCAACAGCCUCAAACUUCACAAGCUGGCGGGUACCCGCAAGGAAACGAGUACGGUGGUGACGCCAACUAUGGAGGAGGCUAUGGCGGUGGUACUGCCCAGCAGUCAGGAGGAUACUACCCACAAACCGAGGGCCCAGGUGCUUCUUCAACAGCGCCUGCUUACGAAUACGAUAGACCCGACGGACCACCACCUGCUCACACCAAGUACUAA